GAUCACAGUUUCACCCGCGGCUGGCUCACAGGCCUCUGGCCCAGGACGCCCCCUCCCACGGCCUGGGUCCCAGUUUCCCGCCAAGGUCCCUCCUCCGAGAUCCGUGGCUCCUCCUCCGGAGCCAUGGUGCCCUCCCCGGGGGCUCCAGACCUUUCCCGGGAAUGCCCCGAGCCCAGAGUCUCGGCGCCCACGCAGACCUCGUCGCUUUUGCGGGAGCCCUCGGACAGCUCGCAGCCCUCCUCCUCGACCACCUGCCAGGUCUUCUCGCGGCCGCGGAUCGCGAGCUCCGGGGAAGACCGGUCGUCACUGCGCCAGGCCGGGUGGGGCGGGAUGGCGACCGCCGCGUUGCUGGAGGCCGGCCUGGCCCGGGUGCUCUUCUACCCCACUCUGCUCUACACGCUGUUACGCGGGAAGAUGCCGGGCCGGGGGCACCGCGACUGGUACCACCGCAUCGAUUCCACGGUGUUGCUGGGCGCGCUGCCGUUGCGGAACAUGACGCGCCAGCUGGUACAGGACGAGAACGUGCGCGCGGUGAUCACCAUGAACGAGGAGUAUGAAACGAGGUUCCUGUGCAACUCCUCACAGGAAUGGAAAAAAGCAGGAGUUGAGCAGCUGCGGCUUAGCACAGUAGAUAUGACUGGGAUUCCCACCUUGACCAACCUCCAGAAAGGAGUCCAGUUUGCUCUUGAGUACCAGUCGUUGGGCCAGUGUGUCUACGUGCAUUGUAAGGCUGGGCGCUCUAGGAGCGCUACUAUGGUGGCAGCAUAUCUGAUUCAGGUGCACAACUGGAGUCCAGAAGAGGCUGUAAAAGCCAUCAGCGAGAUCCGGUCACACAUCCACAUCAGACCUGGUCAAUUGGAUGUUCUAAAAGAGUUCUACAAGAUUACUGUAGGGGCAGCCAAGGAUGAGACACGUGACAUAUCAAAAACAUGAAUUACGUGGAUUAGAAAGAACUCAAUGUGAUGUGAAUCCCCUGGUCAGGAAAAAGAAGAAGGAAGACAACUCUGCUUCAUAUAGAAUAAAAAAUUUUAACAGGACCUAAGGGCCUUAGGUCCAAACUUGACAUAACAGAAA